CAAGACCCAUUUUGAUUUCCACUGUUAUCGUUGACAGUAUAUAACAUGCAGUGUUUCUCUCUCUUUUAUACUGCAUUUUGAUAGUUACUGUAAGGUUCAACUCCAAAUAUAGAAAAUGUACAGCCGGAGAUCAGGAAGCGGAAGUGUCGAGGCUCCAUUGUCACAGUUUGACAGUCAUUGAAACCUGAUGAUUGUACGCCAGCUGACCUCAAGGGGCCUGAUAAACCUUUAUGGUCCCCUGAGGAAAGGUUGGGACAGCCAAAGUAUGACCAGACCCAGUUCAGACUUGGCAGCAUUUAGGGAGAUCUUCUCUAAGGCCUCCAAUAUAGUCAUCCUCACUGGAGCAGGGGUGAGUGCAGAGAGUGGAGUCCCUACCUUCAGAGGGGUGGGGGGCUACUGGAGGAAAUGGCAAGCUCAGGAUCUUGCCACUCCUGAGGCCUUCUCAAGAAACCCCUCACGUGUCUGGGAAUUUUACCACUACCGUCGUGAAGUAAUGCUUACAAAAACUCCAAAUGACGCUCACCUGGCCAUUGCAGAGUGUGAAGAGCGUCUGGCUAAACAGGGCCGUGGAGUCACUGUCAUCACUCAGAACAUUGAUGAACUUCACCGGCGUGCUGGAACUAAAAAUAUCAUCGAAAUUCAUGGAAGUCUUUUUAAAACACGUUGUGUAAGUUGUGGACAUGAAACAGCCAAUUACAACAGCCCCAUUUGUGUUGCUCUGGAGGGCAAAGGAGCUCCAGACCCAGAAACACAUGAUGCUCAGAUCCCUGUCCAGGACCUUCCCAGGUGUGAACAAGCAGAGUGUUCUGGUCUUUUGAGACCAGCUGUGAUUUGGUUUGGAGAGGCUCUUGAUUCAGACACCGUAAUUCAAGCAGAGAAAGUACUGGAUAACUGUGACCUGUGCUUAGUGAUUGGCACUUCGUCUGUGGUGUAUCCAGCAGCCAUGUUUGCUCCUCAAGUGGCUUCAAGAGGCAUACCUGUGGCUGAGUUCAACAUGGAAAACACACCAGCCACAAUGCGUUUCAAGUUUCACUUUCAUGGCCCCUGUGGGACAACUUUGCCCCCUGCCUUAAGUCCCCAUGAAUCUGAAAUACAAUGAAAACUAUACACAGAAAUGACUUUAUUGCUGGAUGAUUAUUGGGGAAAACAUCUAGAAUAGUUAAUAACUAAUUAUUUAUUCCUAACGUGACGCAUGAUAAGGUAAGCGCAGUUUAACAAAAAAUUGAAGCCGCCACCAUGUUUGAAAACUCUCUAAUGCAGGUUCCUUAAAUUUAUGUUUGAAGAAAAAAGUAUGUUUUUCUCUCGGUAGUCUAAUUAGGUUACCGAUUUAGUCACAUGGGAAAUGCAAAAUAUUAAAAACAACUUAAUACAAUUUAGUGUAAUUCUCGACCACUGCAAACAACUACCAAUAUUUGUAAAUUAAAAAAAAAAAAAAAACCUGUCUGACCUCUCUGCUCAAACCUGAAAAUUAUUAUCUUGUUUACAGCAGAUUUUUGCUUUGGGUCGUGUUUGUACAGAUUUUCCGAUCAUAAUAUCGUGUGUCUCUUGCAAUAAACAGGUAUUGAAUGUGUGGCAGUAGGGGGCAAUGUUAACCCGCUGAUUUAUGAAUCCCACGAUUAGACUCUAUUCUAUUUGUGCAUGUAUUAGUCUAUUAUGUUUGCACUGCACUGAUGAAGACUACUUUUUAAUAAAUGUUAUUAUCAAUGGAA